GGGCACUGUAGGCGGCAGCUAGCCAAGGGCGCAACGGGGGGCGACCUUUGCGCGGGGCGGGUCUCUGGCAACCCCAGGCCAGGACGCACUGCCACGGAGGAGCCUAGCGCCCUGGAGACCGCGCCAGGGUCGAACCCGGGUCCCAGCGCCGCAGCCAUGGACAUCCUGCCACUGGCCGGCAACAUCGCGGCGCUCUCGCUUAGCGCUGUCCCGGUAUCCUACGCGCUCAACCACGUCUCUGCGCUUUCGCACCCUUUGGCGAUAGCAUUGAUGAGUGCCCUGAUCCUAGGAGUGCUCUUUGUGACUAUCUACAGCUUGUCCUAUUGUGAGAUCUCCUACGACCCACUUUAUGCUGUCUUCACUGUCUUUGCCUUCACCUCUGUAGUGGACCUCAUCAUUGCUCUUCAGGAAGAUGGCUAUGUGGUGGGCUUCAUGGAGUUCUACACCAGGGAGGGUGAGCCAUACCUGCGCACAGCUCACGGAGUUUUCAUCUGCUACUGGGAUGGGACCAUUCACUACCUCCUCUAUCUGGCCAUGGCUGGCGCCAUCCAUAGAAGGUGCAGGAAGAGAUACCGGAACUUUGGACUCUACUGGCUGGGAUCCUUUGCCAUGAGCAUGCUGGUGUUCCUCCCAGGAAACAUUCUUGGCAAAUAUAGCUCAGAGAUCAGACCUGCUUUCUUCCUCACCAUCCCCUACAUCCUGGUCCCAUGCUGGGCAGGCAUGAAGGUCUUCAACCAGUCCCGGGUGCCAACCUGCUAUACCCCUAACAUGAUACAGGAAGAGCAAAGAAAGGGCCUCCUGAAGCGCCCAGUGGACCUGGCCCUUGUCAUAUACCUCAUCCUUGCUGGCUUCUUCACCCUGUUCCGGGGACUGGUGGUACUUGAAUGCCCCAUGGAUGCCUGCUUUGUCUACAUCUACCAAUACGAACCAUACUUGCGGGACCCUGUAGCCUAUCCAAAGGUGCAGAUGUUGAUGUAUAUGUUCUACGCUCUUCCUUUCUAUGCCCUGGCCACCUAUGCCCUCACCUUUCCUGGUUGCUCCUGGUUGCCUGACUGGGCCUUGGUGUUUGCUGGAGCCAUUGGCCAGGCACAGUUCUCACACAUGGGUGCUUCCAUGCACCUGCGCACUCCCUUUACCUACCGCGUGCCUGAGGACACCUGGACCUGCUUCUUCAUCUGCAACCUGCUAUAUGCCCUGGGCCCCCACCUGCUGGCCUAUCGCUGCCUACGGUCACCUGCUUUCUUCCUGAAGCCACCACCCUCCAGUCUUCCAGCUCACCAUAAGAAGCAGCACUGAGGGGGCUGUGGGGCUCCCCAGAACUCUGUUUACACACCCAACUGGGCCUGCCCUAGGAAAGGUGGGGCUUUUUUUUAGAGGCAGGAGGGACAUCUCCAGGUGUCUUCAGUCCUGGCUUUGGUAGUUUCAGGCCCGUGGGUGGGAUAGGAGACCAACAGCCAGGUAUUCCUAUAAAGAGAGCCUCAAAUAGCUGUCAACCACACCCCAACUCCCACACAACCUCUUCUACCCCCUCCGAGAAUUUAUUCAUCAUCCUUACAUGGAUCCUUUUAGUAAAAAUUCUUUUGAUGGGCAA